CAUUAGAGGUACAAUAUAAUGGAAGAACGGACCCUAUUGGGAGUCAUUUUCAUACCGUAUGGCUGUAUAGUUAGUGUAUGAGACACGUUCGACAUCGGACUUAAUUAUUUUCUGUCUUCUCAAAAUUUAGUUACGCGACGAUACUUUUGUUGUAAUGGUAUCGUGAAAAGCAGACUUGUUCCUUGAUGAAUUGAACACGUUCUAUUUCCUAUACAGAAACGAGAAAAUAAUAGAAAUACAAUUAUAUAGGGUUGCAAAUCAGACGACUAAAAUGCCGAGCAUUAGUUUUAUAACCGGUAUAAUACUGUCGAUAUUUUUUGUCAAUGUGUUCGCUGAUAAUUUUGCUGAAGAACACGCGAAUUCAAAUGGUCACCCUGGAAGGCACCGACCACCACAUGUGAUUGUAAUUAUCGCCGACGAUCUGGGAUGGAACGAUGUCAGCUUCCAUGGAUCCAAUCAAAUACCUACUCCGAACAUCGAUGCUCUUGUAGCGAAUGGGAUCGCAUUGAACCGACACUAUGUCCAGCCGACUUGUACACCGUCUAGGACCGCGUUUCUCACAGGACGUUAUCCAAUUCGGAGUGGAAUGCAAGGGUUCCCAAUGGUAGCUGGCGAACGCUGGGGAAUCCCGUUGGGAACCCCUUUGCUCCCACGCCACCUGAAAAAUUUGGGGUACACGACCAGAUUAGUCGGAAAAUGGCACGUCGGUUACUAUUCGGUAGACCACACGCCGUGUCGCCGAGGUUUCGACUCAUUUUUGGGAUACUACAACCCCUACAUCAAGUAUUUCGAUCACACAAUAAGACGAAACAACGAUACCGGUUAUGACCUCCAUCGGGACUCUCGAAACACUUCCGAAGUCGUGAGAAGCAGGAAGUAUUUCACAGAUAUAGUUACAGAGGAAGUAGAGAACAUCAUAGGCCACCACGAUGUGGAAAACCCACUUUACCUUCAAAUCGCUCAUCUCGCGCCGCACACUGGGGAACCGGAGAGCCCUGUUGAGGUCCAUGAUAUUAACGAAGUAAACGCCAAAUUUGGAUACAUCAAGGACAUGACGAGGCGAAAAUAUGCCGGGAUGGUGGCAAGAUUGGACUUUUCAGUGGGCCGUACCGUUCGAGCUCUUAAGAACAGAGGGAUGCUGGAGAAUUCGAUAAUUAUAUUUACCGCGGAUAACGGGGCGCACCCGGAAGGUCUUCGAGGAAAUUAUGGAUCGAAUUAUCCUUUUCGCGGGUACAAGUUUUCAAUGUUUGACGGAGGGGUCAGAUCGUCCGCAUGCAUUUAUUCUCCCUUAUUGAAAAACGUUUCGAGAGUCUCCGAUGAACUGAUGCACAUCACCGACUGGCUGCCCACGAUCUAUUCCGUCGCCGGAGGAAAUGUAACCGAUCUCGGUGAAAUCGACGGGGUAAAUCAGUGGCCUGCUCUCAGAGACGGAUCGGCAAGUCCUCGAAAUUCCUUGCUUCUGAACAUCAACGAGGUCACCAAAGUCGCGGGUGGUAUUUUCGGAAAAUUCAAGCUACUCAAAGGACAUCAUAGUCAAUAUCCCGAUUUUUACGGCAACAACAGCGUAACCGAUGACGUUCCUCCGUAUGACCCGACGUCCGUUCUGAACUCCGACGCCGGUAGGGCGAUCGCCGGUAUUUCGAACGCCUUCGUAACAUCGGAGAAGAUAAUCGAGCUGCGGAAUAGGGCCACAAUUUCUUGCCGACCAUUCGAUCAAUUCGUAAGGUGCACCAACAAAUGUCUGUUUGACCUGAUUAACGACCCCUGCGAGACCGUCGAUAUUUCUGCAAACCAUCCCAAGAUCGUAGAACGUAUGGAAAAUGACUUCAGGCGAUACAAUGCCGUUUUAAUGCCACAAUCUAAAGCAGAAUUCGAUCCCGCUUCGUCCCCACGGAAUUUCGGUGGCGUAUGGUUACCGUGGGUGAGAUCGAACAGUUCGACUAUUGUGAGUUCUAAGGGCUAAAAUUGAAUGUAACGGAUUGAAAUCGAAUAAGAUUUGGCCCUGUUUAUAUUUCAUAUAAAAAAUAUGAUUGAUUCGAUCGGUGCCUUUUUCUCUCAUAAUUCUUCAGCAUGAUCCUAUUAUCGAAAGAAGAAAGCUGAGGUUUCAAAAAUAUCGCGCGAAUAUAGUAUAUUUUUGUGGUCUCAACAGUCUGAAAAAUGGUAAAAAAAUGGCUAAUUCGUUUCAAGGAGCCUACUCAAUUUUGAAUUUUAUACUUCUUCAUAAUUUCUUUGGUUCGUCUCUCCCUUGACAUAUCAGUGAACGGGAAGAACAAAUUUCACCAGGGUUUAGAUCCACAGAAAACAUGAUACGCAUGCAGCAGUUUUUCAUAGCACGCAAAUAAUGUAUCCAAACACACCGAGUAAUGCCAUUUUGCUUUAUGAAAAAAAAAUGUUGAGACAUUACAGAUUCAAUAAAAUAAUAUUAAAACUUGAAAA